AUGCGUCGCCUGCUGGAGAAGAAGAAGCAGCGGGCUGCGCUGGAGACCGAGGCCGCCCCGCCGCCGGCCGCGGCGCAUGACUCGCUGGCAGUCGAGCCAGAGCCGACGCCGCUCUCCGCCGUGGCGGCCGCAGAGCGGCCCGAUCUGACCGGCCUCCUGCAGGAGCUGGCCGAGCUGGACUCAUCCGGCAGCAAGCCGCUGGUGGCCGGUCGGCUCCGGGAGCGGCCCACGAGCCGCGCCGGUGGCGCUCCCGCCGACUCCGCCCACCUGCGCGUGCUGGUCAGCUGCCGCCGCCGCGUGGCGCCCUGGUGGUGGACCGAGCAGAUACCGUUCCAGGACAUGAUCCUGCAGAAGCUGCGCCCGAUCGGUUUCCAGCCGUCUCGGGUGCAGGCGUACCUGUGGCCGGCGCUGGCGCGCUACCGCCACGCCGUCUGCGUCAGCCACCCGGGCUCCGGCAAGACGCUCGGCUACCUGCUGGGAGUGGUCGACAGCCUGCUGGACCGGCAGGCCUACACCGAUCUGCCGGCCGGCCACGGGCCUGUCUGCUUGGUGCUGGUGCCUUCGUGGCGCCGCGCGCGCGCCGUCCACGCGCUCUGCCAGGAGGUGGCCGACUCGCUGCGCUGCCGGCCGCUGCUGGUGCACGGCGGCGGCGCCGAGGCCGAGCAGGAGGUGGCCCUGAUGAAUGGCUGUGACUUGCUGGUGGGCACGCCUUCCUGCCUGCUGCGGCUUCUGGAGCGCGGCGGCGACACCUACGUCCAGCUAAAGCGCGUGUGCCACCUGGUGCUGGACGACGCUGACCUCCUGGUGGAGGACUUCACCUCGCAGGUGGAGCGGCUGGUGAUGGCGGUGCACCGGGUGUGGCGGACGCGUGUCCAGCCGGCCGCCGCGCUGCCCGAGCAGAUCGUCGCCACUGCCCGCCACUGGACUGACGGCCUGCGGAAGCUGACCUCGCUCCUCAGCGACCCAGUGGUGGAUGACCGCCUGCUACCUGGAGCAGAUGGUGUGGGCCCGGCCCCGGGUGUUCACCCACGUACUAGACGAGGCCGAGAAGGACUGCAAGCUGCUGGGUCUGCUGGAGAGCGGCCUGUACCGCCAGCGGCUGGUCGUGUUCACCUCGAGCGACCAGAGCGCGCAGCGGCUGGCCCGGCUGCUGUGCUCCCAGCGGCGCUCACCGAGCUGGAGCGGUGCUGGCGGUCCUCGAGCGGCGCGCACGACGUGCUGAUCGUCAGCGACUCGGUGUGCGGCGAGCUGGUGGUGCGGGACGCCCGCGCCCUGCUCCACUACGACGUGCCUACGGUGAAGCGCACUCAGCUGGGCCUGCGCAUGAGCUACAUGAUGGACAGCUACGCCGGACAGGCUGACGGAGCCGAAGGCGGAGGCGGUGUCGCGAGCUGGCCCAGGUGGGGGGACGUGUGGGCCUCCAGUGGGAACGGCAUGUUCGUGCGCGUGCGGUCGCGCCUGCUCACGCUGCCGGAGGAGCUGGCCGCGCCGCCGCCUCAGGCCGUCACCGUCCACCUAUGCGGCGUGGAGCCGGUGGACGGCGACGCCGAGUGGACGGACGGCGCCACUCAGCUGACGCGGGAGCACCUGGUCGGCUGCACCGCCGUCGGCAAGGGUACCCUGUGA